AUGAUAUUGACUCGAGCUCCUCGACCGAGGAUUGCCGCAGCUGUUGCGUUCUGCCUCGUCCUCGCCACAUAUCUCCUAUAUUCGAAUGCGUCGUUAUCCACGACCUCAACAGGCACCGAGCACGCGCUGUUGGCUUCAGACGAUGCCGGCUUAGCCUUCCCCCACGAUCCAGUUCCGCGGCGCGACUUUGCGACUUUGUCUAGAUACCCACCGCAUAAUGCCAAUCAGCCCUCCAAAUUCGCCUUCGCAACCUUGUAUUGCAGUCGCGACCCCGAUACGCGCGGCCCGUACUUCGAAUCUACGCAGUCUAUUAUCUGGCGGCUGUUAUGGUCUGAUUACCGCUCAAAGUAUCCCGUUGUCAUCUUUGUCUGUCCUUUUAUUCCCAAGAGAAACCGCGAUAUUUUCAGAGGACAAGGCGCUAUAGUGAAGGAAAUUGAGCUGCUUGACAACAUCAUCCCUGACGAAAAGAUCUCGACCAAGCGAUGGAUUGAUGUGCUAUCAAAGCUGAAUCUGUGGAAGGAAAUUGAAUGGAAGCGACUUGUGUUCCUCGACUCGGAUGCCUUUCCUGUCAGGAACAUAGACGACAUCUUUGAUCUGGUUCCAGAGCAGCAGUGUAGGAAAGAAGCACUGCUUCCAGAAGACAAGGCUGUCGUAGACAAGGGUGGGGACGACAUGUGCAACUAUGUCUACGCGGGUGUGCCACAGUUUACCAUUGAUAAUAUCAAUGCCGGCAUGUUUGUCUUGAAACCGAAUCUUGACAUGCAUGCCAAGCUCCUCAGGGCAGCCAGACGCACCGAGGACUAUGAUGUGCGCUACAUGGAGCAGGGGGUGCUGAGUUCGAAAACUGCGUUUGCGGCCGACGGUCCUUUCCCCGUCAAUCGCCUGCCGUCAAUUUGGAAUGCAGUUCCUGAAUACUACCAGGAACACCUCGCCAAAGCUGCAGACUCGACAGAGGCGCCGCCGAUAAGGAUUCUACACGCCAAGAUGUGGAACAGAUUCUGGGGCUCCUGGAAUAAUUUGACGCAUCUGAACGACAUGUGGGAUCUGGACUGGAUGAGCAUGUGCAGAUUUUUCGACUCGGACGAAUUUGUCAAGGCGAGGACUACCGGCGUGUACGAGACACCGUGGGAGAGAUACCUCAAGGCCCAGGAGACAGCGUUUUGA